AUGAGUCCGGUUAGGCGCCCGCCCGUCACACUACAGUUCCCAGGAUACCCCGGGCGACUGGACUACACUCCCCAGGAUGCUCCGCGGCCCAUGCAGCCCGGGGGCGGGGCCGGGGGGCGUAGCGCCGGGGCUCCCGAGAGCGCGGGAAGUCCGGAUCCCCGCGCGCCGCGGCCCAACACAAUCCUGGAGCGCGAACUUCGCCAGCUGGCCAAGGCUAAGGCCAAGGCCCAGAGGAGCGGGCACCUGCGGGAGGAGGCCGCCUCCUGCCACCAGCUCGGGGAGCUCCUGGCCAGCCAUGGCCAGUACGCGGAGGCCCUGCGGGAGCAUCAGCAGGAACUGCAGCUCCUGGAAAGCGCCGGCGACGCCCUCGGCCGCGCAGUGGCCCACCGCAAGGUCGGAGAGCGGCUGGCGGAGUUGCAGGACUACCCCGCUGCCCUGCAGCACCAGCACUGCUACCUGGAGCUGGCCUGUUCUCUGUCCAACCACAUCGAGGUGCAGAGGGCCUGGGCCACCAUUGGCCGCACCCACCUGGACAUCCAUGAUCACCAGCAGUCACAGGAGGCAUUGCUGCAGGCACAGACCGCCUUUGAGAAGAGCUUGGCUAUCGUGGACGAGAAGCUGCAGGGGACAUUGGCCAAGCGAGAGCUGAGUGAGAUGAGGGCACGGCUCUACCUAAACCUGGGCCUUACUUUUGAGAGUCUGCAGCAGGUGGACCUGUGCAAUGACUACUUCAGGAAGAGCAUCUUUCUCGCUGAGCAGAACCACCUCUAUGAAGACCUGUUCCGUGCCCGUUACAACCUGGGUGCCAUCCACUGGCGCCAAGGGCGGCACUCCCAGGCCAUGCGCUGUCUGGAGGGGGCCCGGGAGUGCGCGCGCGUCCUAAGGAGGGACUGCAUGGAGAGCGAGUGCUGCGUGCUCAUCUCGCAGGUCCUCCAAGACCUGGGGGAUUUCUUGGCUGCCAAAAGAGUCCUGAAGAAGGCCUACAGGCUGGGCUCCCAGAAGCCUUUGCAGAAGGUGGCAGUAUGCCAGACCCUCAAGUAUGUGCUGGCGGUGGUCCGGCUGCAGCAGCAGCUGGAGGAGUCUGAAGGCGGUGACCCCCAGGGCGCCAUGGGCAUCUAUGAACAGCUAGGGGACUUGUUCUCCAAGGCAGGCGACUUCCCCAAGGCAGCUGAGGCCUACCAGAAGCAGCUGCAUUUUGCAGAGCUGCUCAGCAGGCCAGGACCUGAGCUGGCUGUCAUCCAUGUAUCCCUGGCUGCCACCUCGGGAGACAUGAAGGACCACCGCCGAGCUGUGCACCACUAUAAACAGGAGCUACGGCUGCGUGGCGGUGAUGUCCUGGAGGAGGCCAAGACUUGGUUGAAUAUCGCACUGUCCCGUGAGGAGGCUGGCGAUGCCUACGAGCUGUUGGCGCCAUGCUUCCAGAAGGCUCUCAGCUGUGCUCAGCAGGCUCAGCAGAGGCAGCUGCAGAGGCGGGUCCUUCAGCACCUCCAUGCCGUCCAGCUGAGGCUGCAGCCCCAGGAGGCUCCUGACACGGAAGCCAAACUGCAGGAGCUGAGUGUGGCUGAGGCGGAAGAGGAGGAGGAUGAGGAGGGCGAGGAGGGCACGGAGGGCGCCCCAGAGGCCAGUGAGGUGGAGCUCUCGGAGAGUGAGGAAGAGGCUGAUGGCCGGUCCCAGCAGCUGGAGGAGGAGGAGCUGCGGGGCUGCUUGGGUCAGCAGAGGGUAAGUAAGUGGAACCGGCGCAAUGACGUUGGGGAGACCCUGCUGCACCGAGCCUGCAUCGAGGGCCAUCUGGGUCGCGUCCAGGAUCUCGUGAGGCAGGGCCACCCGCUGAGCCCCCGGGACUACUGUGGCUGGACUCCCCUGCACGAGGCCUGCAACUAUGGGCAUCUGGACAUUGUUCGCUUCCUGCUGGACAGGGGGGCUGUGGUUGACGAUCCGGGCGGCCAGGGCUGUGAGGGCAUAACCCCCCUGCAUGAUGCCCUCAACUGUGGCCACUUCGAGGUCGCUGAGCUGCUCCUUGAGCGGGGGGCAUCUGUCGGCCUCCGAACCGCGAAGGGCCACAGCCCGCUGGAGACACUGCAGCAGUGGGUGAGGCUGUACCGCAAGGAUCUGGACAGCGAGACCCGUGAGAAGGCCAGCACCAUGGCAGAGCUGCUCCGGGCAGCCUCCUCCGGCCAAGCUCCCCACAGCUCCCUGGCUCUCCAGGGCCUCCCAAGUGGCCAUCUGUUUGAUGCUGAGACCUCUCCUCCUUUGAGUCCCUGCCCAGGAACCCCCGAGGUGUCCCAGGCCCCUGCCAGGGUCUCCCCGGGGCAAGCAGCACCAGCUGUGGCCAGGCCACGGAAGGGCAGGCACAAACUGCCCAGUAGCGGUUCAGAGGGCGGGGACAGCACGGGCACCCCACAGCCAACCCAGAAGAGGCCCCGGCGUUCUGCCCCACAAGCCAAGUCCUGGGCAUUUGGCUCCACCAGUGACAGAGAGGCAGCCGCAGGGAGUGCAGACUGUACUGCCCACAGUGUGGGCAGUGCCCAGAGCUACUGCCUGGAGCCUGGUCCCCCUCAGGACCCAGUCGAGAGCCCCACUGCCCAGGCGGCACUCAUUUCUGAGCAGAGCCUGACUGAUGACUGGCUGGAGGACGACUCACCCGUGGUGCACAGCCACCCGCCCUGCCCCCAAGGCAGGGGCCACAGCACCAGGCACAGGGCCUUGGGGUCAAGCAGCAGCAGCACUGUCGGGCCUCAGGCCCGGGCCAGGCAGAGCCAGCUGCCCCAUCUCAAGAGUUGGAGUGGUUUGGCCAGGGCAGGUGGAGACUUCAGGUCAGCCACAGAGCCCCCACGGAGCCCUGACAUCCCCAGGCCCUUGGGGCCCAGCAGGGAGAGCCCUUCGGCAGGCCAGUCCUUGGGCCCAGCCCUGCCCCCUCCCAUCCGGGUGCGAGUGCGGGUAGAGGAUAAUCUUUUCCUAGUCCCUGUCCCACACAGCAAGGAGGCCCACUCUGUGGCGUGGUUGGCCAACCAGGCUGCCCAGCGCUACCACCAGGCCUGUGGACUGAUGCCAAGGCUCACCCUGCGAAAGGAGGGGGCCCUGUUGGCCCCGCAGGACCCCAUCCUUGAUGUCCUGCGGAGCAACGAGGAGGUGCUGGCUGAGGUGGCCUCGUGGGACCUGCCCCCGCUGACCGACCGCUACCGCAGGGCCUGCCAGAGCCUGGAGCAAGCAGAGCACCAGCAGGUGCUGCGGGCCAUGGAGCGCCAGGGCUUGGGCCCGUCGUUCAGCGCCUGCUCCCUGGCCCUGCGCCAGGCCCAGCUCAGCCCCCUGCUGCGGGCCCUCAAGUUGCAUGCAGCGCUGCGGGAGCUGCGCCUUGCAGGGAACCGGCUGGGAGAUGGAUGUGUUACUGAGCUGCUGGCUGCCCUGGGCACCAUGCCCAGCCUGGUCCUCCUUGACCUCUCCUCCAAUCACCUGGGCCCUGAAGGCCUACAGCACCUUGCGGCAGGCCUCCUGGGUCAGGCUGCCCUGCAGAACUUGGAAGUCCUGGACUUAAGCAUGAACCCCCUUGGGGAUGGCUGUGACCAGGCCCUGGCCUCCAUCCUGCGGGCCUGCCCUGUGCUCAGCACUCUGCACCUCCAGGCCUGUGGCUUAGGCCGCAGCUUCCUGAGCCACCAGGUGACCCUGGGCAGCGCCUUCCAAGAAGCCAAGUGCCUGAAGACACUGUCCCUGUCUUACAACAUCCUGGGUGCCACCACCUUAACCCGGGUCCUGCAGAGCCUGCCCACCCACAACCUCCUACACCUGGAACUCAGCUCUGUGGCAGCCAGCAAGAGUGACUCAGGCCUUGUGGAGCCUGUGGUCAGAUACCUGACCAAGGAAGGCUGUGCUUUGGUGCACCUGAGCCUGUCUGCGAACCACUUGGGCGACGAGGCGGCAAGGGGCUUGAGCAGAUGCCUCUCUUUCUGCUCCUCUCUUGUCUCGCUGGAUCUGUCUGCCAACCCCAAGAUCAGCAGUGCCGGCCUGGAGGAGCUGCUGUCUGCCCUCCAGGCACGACCUCGAGGCCUCCGCUUCCUUGGCUUGUCAGGCUGUGCUGUCCGGAGCCCCCUGGGCUUGGAUCUAUGGAGCAAGAUCACCACGCAGCUGCAGGAGCUGCAGCUGUGCAACAGGCACCUCUCUGCCGAGGACCGCGACACCCUGCACCAGAUGCUGGGCAGCCAGCCAGUCCCGGGCGCAUGCACACUGGAGCGAGGUCCCAAGCUCUUCUUCAGGCGCCUGUGAGGGCGGCCCGCCCCUGCCCCCUGCCCCCUGCCCUCUGCCUGCCGCCCAAGCCCCUAAUAAACAAAGCCGCUGCCGCCGCCUGACGCCAAAGGUUUGCUUU